AUGAACUAUGGAGCCAAACCGUCACAUCUACCUUCUUCUUCUUCUUCUUCUUCUUCUUCUUCUUCUGACGAUGAAAUAUUUUCUCAGUACAUUAAAGAUUGGGAGGAAGAUAUGACACAAUGGGAGAAGGAAGAUGAACUCUUAACUCGCAUACAUGCCUCUAAUAAUAAAAUAAUAACUUAUCUCUCUCAAGAGGCAGAGCGAUCAAAGCGUACUGGCUCAGUUCCUGGUCAUUUGGUGAUCAAUGGCGGGAGAGAAGAAGGUAAUUCUCGACUUUACCAUGACUAUUUUUCUGAUAACCCUACAUAUGGUGCAAACCUAUUUCGUAGAAGGUUCCGGAUGAACAGGAGUUUAUUCCUUCGUAUAGUCGAGGCGGUACGUGAGCAUGACAACUUCUUCGUACAGAAGAUGGAUGGUGUCGGAAAACUUCGGCUAUCAACUUUACAAAAAGUUACAUCGGCAUUUCGCAUGUUGGCGUAUGGAACAUCAGCAGAUAGUACUGAUGAAUAUGUGAGGAUCGGUGAGUCAACUGCAAUUGUAUGUUUAAAGAGAUUUUGCAGAGCAGUUGUAGAAGUAUAUGGAGAUGAAUAUCUGAGACCCCCAAUGUCGACGAUGUUGCAAGCAUGGGCAGGACAAUACUCAGGCCGUCAUGGAGGUCCAACCAUUAUUCUUGAGGAAGUAGCAUCAUAUGAUCUAUGGAUAUGGCAUGCAUACUUUGACUUACCAGGAUCCAAUAACGAUAUUAAUGUAUUGCAGUCGUCUAAUUUGUUCGACAAUCUAUCACAAGAUGAACGCGACGAGCAAGAAGAUGUUGUCAUUUCAACUCCACAAUCAAUUCUGAAUGCUAAAAAUAUGGAGAUAACGGAAACUGAAUGA